AUGUCUUCCGAAGCGGUAUCCCCACCUCCGCAAAAUGUAUACGAACUGGAUAUCCCCAAGCUGCAUGCGCUCCCCUCUGAGCAGCAGGAGCUCUACAUGCUCACCUUCACCUCCGACCUAGUGCAAUAUAUAUCGGGACUGGAAUCCGCACAGGUAUCAUUGCAGCAGAAGGAUUUGAAGAAGGAAUUGUUCAAGAUAUUGAACCUCCCCUCACCGACGAUUACUCGAGUCCUCCGCAAUAACCUCGGGCGAUGCUUUGGCGCAAUACUCAGCAAAGGUGAUCGUGGAAUCCUGUUCGAAACGAUCACCGACCUACUCGCGAUUUUGAAUGCUGGCAAGAGUGAAGCGGAAAUUAAGACGAAAUUCGCUGCGGCGCAUUGUCUGGGGGAGGUCUUUGCGACAGCUGGCGAGAGCGCGUUCAUGCAAUCCAAUAUUGCCACUUCGACCACGCUCAAACUACUCAAGUCAGCCAGCAAUCAUACAGGGCUUCGCGGUGUGAUCUUUGCAGUGUUGCGCAAGGUUGUUGUUGGGAUCGGGGUGCCAAUCGACGAGGGAACCGCACGCGACAUCUGGAAGCAGGCCCGAAAUGCCGCCGCCAGCGACAAAUCCACCUUCGUGCAGGUUAAUGCGUGUCGCUGCCUGGAGCAAUUGAUCGCCACAACCCCAUUCUUCGAUAAUACAAACGACUUUGAGUAUCUCAAAACACUGGUGUGGAAGGUCCUCGAUAGUCCUGCCGCGCCGGUGCGGCAUGCCGGUGCUGCGGUUCUUGGUCGAGCAUUGAUCAAUCUACACGCCAAGGACGUGCAUAUCACUGCUGCCCCCAAACCGAAAUCGAAAAAAUCCAAACGCAUGUCGAAGAAACCUGGCGCGGGGCUUGCAGAUGAGGAGGAGGCAGAGAUGUCGGAGUCGUCCGCACCCAAGAAAGCCGAUGCUCGUUUGUAUUUCCUACUCCCAGAUCUGCUGAAGCAACUAUCGUCUCAAUACCUCAAGAGUACGACCUCGAACCGCGCACGUGCUGGAAUCUGUAUAUGCUACAAGUACGUGCUACGGAAUCUGGAAGACAAGAUUGUCGAAGAGCGCUACGGACAGAUUGCGACCAAUCUGCUCAUCGACCUGUUGAAUCACCCAACGAUCACUUAUAACCGGUUCCGUCUGCUCAUGACCCGAAAGUUUGUCAAGAGCAUCCUUGAAGAUACCAUUGGCCAGGAAUUACUGCGUGAGAACAGUCAGCUCAACGCUGCCAAGUGGUUGAUCAAUGACCUUCUCAAAGACUACCCUCAAGUCAUCCAGGAACGCCGCGAGCCCAGCAAGUACACGUUGACAAGUGCCGUUAGUGCACUUUCGUCAUUGAUCACAUCGCUUGGGUCUGCCUUCAGCAAUCUGGCUGACAGCUGCAGAGACGCCCUGCUCCAGGUUCUUCCUCAUCCAAGCUACACAGUCCAGAUUCAUGUGGCACAUUGUCUGCGGACCUUUGCUCUAGCCUCCCCUCACCAACUGCUCUCGUGUGUCACUAUUUGCAUGAACAGCUUGAAUAGGGAAAUUGGUCAGCUGGGUACACCACGACAAUCGCCUCGCCGCUGUGUUGGCUAUGCUAACGGGCUAUCUGCAAUGCUAAGCACAUCCCGUCUACAGCCAUUAUAUGGCGCAGUUGAUGUAUUUGCACGUGUCUUCACCCAAGCAACCGAUCUUCUCAAAACCAGCAGCACUUCUGAGCUGCGCGUGGCCAGUAUCCAGAUUCAGGUUGCGUGGAUUUUGAUUGGAGGUCUGAUGCCUCUGGGGCCCAGCUUUGUCAAGAUUCAUCUGUCUCAAUUGAUGCUUCUCUGGAAAAAUGCACUCCCUAAACACCUUGGCAAAAACAAUGCUGCUCAGCCGGGUCCACUUGAGAUCAGUUUCCUGACUCAUGUCCGUGAAUGCGCUCUCAGUUCGCUCCUGGUUUUCAUGGAGUUUAAUAGCAAAUUGAUCACAUCUGAUGGUGCAAAGAGAAUCGCUGCCAUGUUGCAGAAUACUGUUGAAUUUUUGGAUGAUUUGCCGAAGCCAAAGGCCAUGGAAGAUCUCUCGCAGCGACUCCAUCCUUCCCUCCAAUUGCAAGAUUAUACGACCAUGGUUCGUCGUCGUGUUCUGCAGUGCUUCUCAAAGCUUGUCCGGGUGCAUCCACUGAGCCACGGAGACAUCAUCUCCCAGUCUAGUCUCCUCGGUUUGGCUAUUUCCUCCUUUGCAGACCCAGAUGCGCAAUAUAAACAGCUAGAAAGCUCGAUAUCCGGGUCCGCUGGUCAAUUUGAUGGCCUAUGGGAUCUUUGCGAUAAUUAUGGCUUCGGGGUUACCGGGCUUUCGAGGGAGUACAUCCGUGCUACAUUGUCAGGGACGCAGGAUGACGACAAGGGGCCUGCUUGGUCUGCCAUUGACUCUGUGGAUCAAGUUGUUGAUGAAGCCUUGACUUUCCCUAUCUGCCAAGCGAGCGAGCAUGAUGCUCUUCUUUUGUACAACUUGCGCGAUGGGGACAAACUAGCUGUCGACCCUCCAACCACUGGGGUUGUUAACUCGGCGAUUGAUCUGUUCUCCGUCGCGCUUGCACUCCAUGCUCCAAAAAUCCAGGAGAGCAGCGUGGAGCAGAUUGCCACGUUCCUCACAUCGCCCACCCUGCAGAGAAACCCUGGAAGUAAAGCAGCAUUGGUCAUUAAUAUUUCGGUCGCUCUUUUGCACACGUUGAAAGUGGCGGUGAAAGAGACGGAUUUUGUUGCUGGCAAACUCAAUCCUUCUACUGACAAGAUUCUCCAAGAACUAUUGCAGAAAUUUGUUAUUGAUGCUGAUCCUAUUGUGCGCACUAUCGGCGUUGAAGCACUGGGACGACUUUGCGACAGUGCUGGCAACACAUGCACCAACACACAAGUCAAUUGGCUCGUUGAUACAAUUGUUGAGAACAGAGAACCGAACGCCAGAGCCGGCUGCGCCGCUGCGUUAGGAUGCAUCCAUGCUCAAAUCGGUGGAAUGGCCGCUGGUCUGCAUUUGAAAACGAUUGUAGGCGUGUUGAUGUCUCUUUGCAACGACCCCCAUCCCGUGGUCCAUUUCUGGGCCCUUGGCGGCUUGGAGAGGGUUGCCAACUCGGCUGGCCUGACCUUUUCGCCAUUUGUCUCUGGCUCUCUAGGAAUGAUUUCUCAGCUAUACAACGCUGAUACCCACAACGAGGAAGCCGCCGCAUUAGCAACUUCCAAUAUUGAGAUGUCUUUCUUGACACCCGUUGUCAUCAGUCGAUGUGUGGACUCGUUGAUCAAUGUGCUAGGACCAGACUUGCAAGAUGUUGCCAAGACUCGAAACCUCGUCUUGACCCUUCUUCGCCAAUUCCAACUGGAGGAGAAUCCAGCAUUAGUGACGGAGAGUUCAAAGUGCCUCGACCACUUCUCGCUCUAUGCAUCCAGCUUUGUGGACUACUCAGGAUACGUGAAGCGUCUACAAAGAGAGCUUCGAGCCGACAAUUUCUUGAUGCGAGAUGUUGCUGUUCGAGGUUUGAACAAUCUCAUGAAGCGUGACGCCUCUUCUGUCAUGCAAACUGCAGGUCAGACGUUGGAAGAUGAUAUAUGGCUUGCAUUCGACGAAGCGCCGGAUAACAUUUCAUUGAAGUCAAUGAUCCAAGACUGGCUUCAGCAGACAGCGCUAACAGAAACCGAAGUGUGGAUCCAGCGCUGUCAGAAUAUCAUGACCAAGACCCGCAACAAGGUGGAGCCCCCGCCAAACACAGCCGUCCAGACCGCGGCCGAUAUCCCCGAUGACGAAGUCGCUGGAUUCGCUGCGGCGGGUGCUGCUGAGGGCCAAGGCGACAUCGCAAACGAAAGCGUAUCCGGACAAGAACUAUUGAAAUGGCAAACUCGCCAUUUUGCGAUUAGCUGUCUUUCGGAGCUGCUCGCUACUGUGCAAGAAGCGAUCUUACCAGACUCUGCUAUCCCUGCGGAGUUGGCUCUUCAGAAAAACGUCGGUGACAUCGUGAGAAUGGCUUUCUCCGCAUCCACCGCCAGUGUCAUCGAGCUGCGCGUGUGGGGUCUGAAGAUCAUCGACCAGGUCCUCACUAUGUUUGGCAAGACUCCCGAUCCAGACUUCGCAGAGGCGUCGCUGCUAGAGCAAUAUCAAGCCCAGAUUAGCUCUGCGCUCACGCCUGCCUUCGCGACUGACUCAUCUGCCGAGCUAGCAUCAGAGGCUAUCAAUGUGUCUGCUACAUUCAUUGCGACAGGAAUUGUCACAAAUGUCGAUCGCAUGGGGCGAAUCCUCAAGCUUUUGGUGCUGGGUCUCGAGAAUUUCGCGAAGAACCCAGAGACCACUGAAAUUGGUGACCUCAAGGGGCUGAACUCGAAUGCUCGGGUCAUGGUUAAGCUCGCAUUGUUCUCCGCUUGGGCCCGGCUCCAGAUUGCUAGCAUCGACCAUGAGUAUUUGACCCAAGUGGUUCAGCCUUACAUCGCGAGACUCACACCGCUGUGGCUGUCUUCUCUGCAAGAGUAUGCCCGCCUACGCUUCGAGCCGGAUAUCUCCGGCACCUUGGGGAUAAGCUCUAGCGGUGAUCUAGACGAGGUGUAUGCUGCGCUGAAUCGCGAAACAUUGCUGAAGUUUUAUCAAGACACAUGGCUUUACUUGGUCGAUGCGAUUGCUGGGCUCGUCGAGAAAGACAUUGACUUUGUCUUUGACGCUUUGGAUGGCAAAUUGCAGUUACCCGAGCCCAGUAAAGAUGAGGGAAAUACUGAAAACAAAGAGAAGCCAAAGGGAGAGGUCGAAGGCAAGGGACAUGAUAUCAAUUAUCGGGAAGAGCCCGUGGCAUUCUUCUUCGUGCUAUUUGGGCUGGCAUUUGAGUCUUUAGUCGACCAAGGGACUUCGGCCUCACACCGACUAGAGAUCCUUCAGGCGCUGAAAAGAAUUCUGAGGCCUGUGAUCUCUGGAAAUGCUAUCUACCAAGAUGCAAUCUUCACCGAGACUAUGGAUACCUUCGAUCGUCUUGUUCUGACUGAGGCUACUCCGAUCCAGACCGUCAUUGUUGAGAUCGCACAGAAUCUGUCAUUAGAUCACCCGGCAGCGAAGGGUGAUCAGGAACGCAGUGACCAUCUAUCGGAUGACAUUGAGCAACUCUUCGAGCUGACAAGAAGCAUUAUCCUUGUCCUCGCUGGAAUGCUUCCUAACCUCCGCGAGUCCACGCCUCUUGCACGUUUCAACAUCACCUCGGAUGAGUCCUUGACUCUCAUCCGUUUGGCGCUUCGUUCUUUGGUUGACGUCGCAUCCGUGUUCCCGUCGAUCAUUCGCAAUGACCUUCACGCUUGUAUACUUCACAUCUUCACAACGAUCCUCGCCACAGGCAUUUGCCAAGCUGGCGUUGUUCCCCAAGCCCUCCCCAUUUUCAGGCAGUUCAUCCAUGCUAUCACCCACACGACGGAGUCCCCCGAAGAUCUUGGCGUUGUAUCUUUCCAACUUCGGGGUUGUCUUACGCGCUUCCUAACCAUUCUCACAAUCGCUCAGCGGCGCGAGUCGGAUAUCUCCAUCCCCUGCGCCAAGAACACGCUACUCGCCAUCACCUUCCUCCUGACUGCUGGCGGGCACGUCAUUCCGCCUCAGGACCCUAUCCUCAUUCGCGUUCUCAACGAGCUCUUGGACUGUCUUCAAGAUGUCGGCCUUGCCACGGUGGCGGCCAGCUGCCUUCGGUCGAUCCUCAUCAAGCCUGGUCCACGUUCUCCCACCGAUGAAGUGAUCAGCCGAUACCUCACCCCGCGCUUGAUCGCUUUCUUCGUUGGCUGUCCUCUGGACAACGGCGAAGUCCCCAGCGACCCGGAGAACUCCCGCACCGUGAUCGGUCGCACCCUCGUGUCAACCAUUUCUAAUGGAGCGUUCUCGGCCACUGAACUGCCCGCCGCGAUCUCCCUCGUCAUGUCGGCUCUGUUGGCCCGCGCCCAGCGUGAAGGCCCGUCCGUGCACCAGGAGUCUGCAGGCCAUCUUCUGGAACUUGCCAAAGCCGAUCAACUCAUUUUCCGGACCUUGGUUGCUACGAUGGGUGCGGAGCAGAAGUCCCUUUUGGAGGAGGUGCUACGUAGCGCGGGAGUUGGAGCUGGUGCUUCCAAGACUGUCGAAGCUACAGACAACAAUGCGCCUCAUGCUGCGCCGAGUAUCGCAUUGCUAUUUCAUCUCACUAACACACUGCAUUCGAGAUGCCACCGGAUCGGGGCCGAGCAUCCCGAGCAUGCACCUCAUGCCGCAAGCAAAAGACCAGGUGCUACGAGCCUGGCAUUCCAGGGCGAGCAUGUCUCCGCUGUGAUCGACUACGCCAAAGCUGCUCGCUCAUGCGUAUUGACGCAUCUGACGAAGAAUCUCUACCCCCCCGCCCAAACGGGUACGGAUGCACGUUUGGAACGUCUGGAGAAAAGCGUGGCUACUCUGCUUGAUCGACUGGGCGAAGGACCCAGAACGGUGCAAGACACAAGCAGACCUUCCACUGCGCAAGCGAGCCCGGCCUCGUAUAAAGACACGGAAACUUCCGCUCCGAUCAUGGUCAUCCGCGAUCUGGCAACGGACAACGGCAUCAAACCGGCGUCCGAUGCUCGAUCGCUAGCGGUCGUUUUGGAUAAUCUUAUUUCCCCACAACUUGGCCUGGAGCUGAUCACCAUGUACUGUGAGCCAAGUGAACUUCUCCGCCAGGUCAAAAAGUCUACGCUGCUCUUCUGCGCCUGCUGUCUGAUCGCCGUGCGGCACACUUCCGAAGAGCUGGCUGCGAACCUCGCCCCCCAGCUUUACGAGUAUGCCCGCUCGUUGGUAUCGACCACGCUCCUGGUUGCUCCACAGCCAAUUGAAUUCUUCCAGGCUACUUUGAUUCUGUCAAUGUGGUCGACAACAGUUGGGCAAGUGCCUUUAAGUAUCGAUAGUUGGUUGCUGAGUGGGUUUGCCUUGCAGCACGCACAGUCAAGCCCGCUGUUCACGACUGUGACGACUCAGUCGCCUCCUCCAAAUCGACUAGACGAGGAGACCAUGGACCAUUGUUAUCUGUGGAACCAUCUUUGUCUUGCGCAUAUGCAUUACUGUGUUGGAACCAGCCGGCGAUCCAUGCUGCAGCCUUGGCAGAUCGAGCGAUGUCGGGCAAUAAUUGCUUCAGAUCAUGCGAUUAACUUUGAAGUGCGUAUGGUCGCGGAGAUUCAUCUGUAUUGGACUGUUUAUGAACACCUCAUCCAUGAAUCUGUUGACCUGCUGAAAUCGGUCGCUGCUUUGCAAACCUGGCGAAGGAAAUGGGAAUUCGUUUUAGAGCAACCUAGGUCUCAGUUCCUUUCCAUGGGCUUCCACUUCUCUCAUUUGCUUCUUUAUGAGCAUUCUCUCAAAUCCAAAUCCGCCCGAUCUCGAGAGUCGGUAGUCUCAGAAAUGAUUCGUCAUUCUACCGCGAUCGUGCACUUGGCCAUGGACACAGUCGAUGAGCGCACCCGUCAUCUUACUGAUCACAUUUACCACAUGAUCACAUUUGCUGCUAUUGUCAUCUGCCGGCUGUUAAACGCCCAUCGCGAGCAAGUGGCCUCAACUCACGAUACCAAUCAGCUGGACGCGCUGGUUCAUGACCUUGUGCAAUGGCUUUAUUGCAUUGGGUUGCCUUGCCACGCAGCACAUACAUUGGGAAAUAUCAUUGCGAAAGUACAUCAAAAAUUGCGACCUCGCUUGGAGGAGAUGCCACCGUCCCUUCAGGCCGAAGAGACCCUUGGCGAGUUCAACAAUUACUAUUUUCCAGAGUUCCUUGGUGUGGGGAUGUCUGCGGAUGGAAAUUGGGAUCUACUUUCGAACAUGGAUCUAUUUCCACCGAGUCCAUCUAUCUCGCGACCUGAUUGA